AAAACUAGCAUGCUCACUUGUAAUCGCCAUAGGGAAGGUCCAAGCAGAGCAAGGGUUCUAGGCCAAACACUGUGUUCAUCCUUGGGAAGGUCGUCUCGUGGCCGUGGCUUUCAUAUCUCAGCUGUAUCUGAGCUUGAGCCUGAGGACUGAGUUAUCAAAUUUUAGUUUUCCGUUAUUUUAUUUGUGAAGCACAAACAUCAAGUACGAUAUACAAUUACAAUGUCUCAGGAAGCUUCAGCAAAGGUGGUACCGGUAGUGAGAAGGAAGGAGGACAAGGUAGCACGAUGGUACUUUGGCGGAGGUGCAAGUGCAGGUGCAGCAUGCUGCACUCAUCCUCUGGACCUGCUUAAGGUUCAUCUUCAGACUCCUCAUCAGGGCAAAGUUACUCUUACUGGGAUGGCAGUCAAGGUCGUAAAGAACGAGGGGGUCCGUGGCCUCUACAAUGGCCUGACAGCUUCAUUGUUGCGGCAGCUCACGUACUCCACAACACGCUUUGGUGUUUAUGAAGUCGCAAAACAGACGUGGAUCAACUCACAGGACGACAAAACAAAGCCCUUGCCGUUCUACAUGAAGAUAUUGAUAGCAGGAACGGCUGGAGCCAUGGGUGGCUUUGUAGGCACUCCAGGUGAUAUGGUCAACGUUAGAAUGCAAAAUGACAUGAAAAUAGAAAAAGCACUAAGGAGAAAUUACAAGCAUGCUUUAGAUGGAGUAUGGCGAGUUUACUGCGAGGAAGGUUUCACCAGUCUAUUUUCGGGUGCAUCAAUGGCCACAUCGAGGGCUGUCCUGAUGACUGUUGGUCAGAUUGCAUUUUAUGACCAGAUCAAGCAGGUUUUGGUCGGAGAGAAAUACAUGAACGACAACAUUGGAGCACACUUUGUUUCCAGUCUUCUUGCUGGCCUGGCUGCCACAACGAUCACUCAGCCUCUAGAUGUGUUAAAGACUCGUGUGAUGAGUGCUAAACCAGGAGAGUAUCGGAGUGUGUUCCACUGUAUAGCUGUGACCGCAAAGCAGGGACCACUAGCAUUCUACAAGGGCUACAUCCCGGCAUUCGUCAGACUUGCUCCACAGACGAUCCUUACCUUCAUAUUCUUCGAGCAGCUUAGAACGACCUUCGGCUACUACCGGGCUGAAUAGGUGCUCAAAAGUGCAAGCGAACGACUGCGUACAUCUGUCGAAAUCUUGCUGAAGCUGAUGGGAAUGAGGGAGACAGUUGCUUUUAACAUAACAAAAGGUUUUUCUUUUGACGGUGGAUAGAGCGUAUGUCACAUUCAUGUUGGAGAAGAAAGCACGUAGUGAUUUCCCCACUGAUUAGCUAUAGCAUCUUUCAUGGAAUUGAACGACAAAGUUUUGAGUAAGAGUGAGUGUUUCGCAAGCUUGUAUUACUAUAUUAAGCCAUUAAUGUUAUGUGGCGUGUUCUGCUCAAUGUCGACUGUCGUAUAAUGGUAGGUACGGGUUGUAACUAUCAUGUUGUCCGUGUGAGAAGGGCAUGUCAUAGAGGUUGAGCUGACGAUUCAGGAUCCAUGAUCUACCAUUUAAAUUGUCUACGUCACGAAUUUUCUUGGUAAAAUUUGUAUAAACAAAAUUGCCAUUUUUUUACAUUAAAAGUAAGAACUAACGUUACUAAAUAUAUCC